UGUAAAGGCUGUGUCUCAUGGACACAGGCGGCAGCGAGGCCUGACAAAACGUAAAUAAAUAAACAGAAUUUGCUGUUCCAGAGCGCUUUAAGCUACCAGAACUGAACACAGCGAUUCUCCGGACCGGGGCGCACCGUGCUGGUAUGGCGGAACCGGCGGCACAAGCCUCCACGCAAGCCCGGCUUCAGCAGGGCCCGAGCGGGGGCUCUGCGAGCUCCGGCCCGAACACAGGCUCCGGCUCCGGGAGCAGCGACCCGGCGCGGCCCGGCCUGAGCCAGCAGCAGUGGGCGAGCCAGAAAAAAGCCCAGGUCCGCGCCUUUCCUCGGGCUAAGAAGCUGGAGAAACUCGGCGUGUUCUCGGCUUGCAAGGCAAAUGAUUCCUGUAAGUGUAAUGGCUGGAAGAACCCUCAUCCUCCCACGGCCACCCGGAUGGAGCUUCAGCAGCAGACGGCCAACCUGAGCGAGGCGUGCCGGAGCUGUGGCCACGCCCUGGCGGAGCAUGUAUCCCAUCUGGAAAACGUGUCGGAGGAAGAAAUAAACAGGUUACUGGGGAUGGUGGUGGACGUAGAGAAUCUGUUCAUGUCUGUACAUAAAGAGGAGGACACAGACACCAAGCAGGUUUACUUCUACCUGUUUAAGCUGUUGAGGAAAUGCAUUCUGCAGAUGGGAAAGCCAGUAGUUGAGGGCUCACUUGGAAGCCCACCGUUUGAGAAACCCAACAUAGAACAGGGGGUUUUGAACUUUGUGCAGUAUAAAUUCAGUCACUUGGCUCCUAAAGAAAGGCAGACGAUGUACGAGCUGAGUAAGAUGUUCCUGCUGUGUCUGAAUUACUGGAAACUAGAAACUCCAUCACAGUUCCGCCAGCGAGCCCAGAAAGAGGACGCCUCUGCAUACAAAGUAGACUAUACUAGGUGGCUGUGCUACUGUCACGUCCCACAGAGCAAUGACAGUUUGCCCCGCUAUGAGACGUGUCAGGUGUUCGGCCGCAGCCUCCUCAAGUCCAUCUUCACGGUCACCCGCAGGCAGCUGCUGGAGAAGUUCCGGGUGGAGAAAGACAAACUUCCUCCGGAGAAACGGACUCUCAUUUUAACACACUUUCCCAAGUUUCUUUCCAUGCUAGAAGAAGAGAUCUAUGGAGAAAACUCUCCUAUCUGGGACGCAGACUUCACCAUGCCAGCCUCAGAGGGGGCACAGCUGGGGCCUCAGACAGUGCUGAGCCCCGUGGCAGUGUCUGGCUCUCCUCUACGGAAAGGCCCAGCAGGCUCUGCUCUGGACACGGUCGUCUCUGAACCCAUCACAGGAGAGAAGAGAAAGCUGCCGGAAGCGUUAACGCUGGAAGAUGCUAAAAGGAUCAGGGUGAUGGGGGAUAUUCCCAUGGAGCUGGUCAACGAGGUCAUGAUGACUAUAACUGACCCUGCUGCCAUGUUGGGCCCGGAGACGAGUCUCCUCUCUGCUAAUGCGGCUCGGGACGAAACAGCACGCUUGGAGGAAAGGCGUGGCAUUAUAGAGUUCCAUGUGAUUGGCAACUCACUGUCUCAGAAGUCUAAUAAGAAGAUCCUGAUGUGGCUGGUGGGGCUACAGAACGUUUUCUCUCACCAGCUGCCACGCAUGCCCAAAGAAUACAUCACGCGUCUAGUCUUUGAUCCGAAGCACAAGACAUUGGCUCUGAUAAAAGAUGGCCGUGUUAUUGGAGGGAUCUGCUUCCGAAUGUUUCCAACUCAGGGCUUCACUGAGAUUGUCUUCUGUGCUGUUACAUCAAACGAGCAAGUCAAGGGCUAUGGCACACAUUUGAUGAAUCACCUGAAGGAAUAUCACAUCAAACAUGGCAUACUUUACUUCCUCACCUAUGCUGAUGAGUAUGCAAUUGGCUACUUCAAGAAGCAGGGCUUCUCGAAAGACAUCAAAGUGCCAAAGAGUCGCUACCUUGGCUACAUUAAAGAUUAUGAAGGGGCUACAUUGAUGGAGUGUGAGCUGAAUCCCAGAAUUCCCUACACAGAGCUGUCGCACAUCAUCAAGAGACAGAAAGAAAUCAUUAAGAAGCUGAUUGAGAGGAAACAGAGUCAGAUCAGGAAAGUGUACCCUGGCCUCACCUGCUUCAAAGAAGGAGUCCGACAGAUACCUGUGGAGAGCAUACCUGGAAUAAGGGAGACGGGUUGGAAACCCAGUGCCAAAGAGAAAAAUAAAGAACUGAAAGAUCCUGAUCUACUGUACAACAUACUGAAGAAUCUCCUGGCCCAGAUUAAAACACACCCAGAUGCUUGGCCUUUUAUGGAACCAGUGAAGAAGUCUGAAGCUCCUGAUUACUAUGAGAUCAUCCGGUUUCCGAUUGACCUCAAGACUAUGACGGAGCGGCUGAAGAACCGCUACUACGUGACUAAGAAGCUGUUCAUCGCUGACCUGCAGAGAGUGAUCACAAACUGCAGAGAGUACAACCCACCUGACAGCGAAUACUGCAAAUGUGCCAACACACUGGAGAAGUUCUUCUAUUUCAAACUCAAGGAGAGCGGCCUCAUCGACAAGUGAAGGCGAAUGCCUGGAGGGUGAGGGACCAGGGAGAGGUGCAGGAUGAGAUGCAGAAAAAGAUUAUUACUUUACAUUACAUUACAGUACUGUACAAUAGUCUUGGGCAAUCUGCUAAAAUUCAUUCAAGAUUUAAAGCUUUGUAUCUCAAGCAUCUUUGUUACACAUUCAAUUAAGAUGUUCCCAUAUUAGGAUCUUCUAGAAGGAGUCAAGUAUCCAGUACCUGGUUCAGCAAAUCCAAAAACAUUACUUGAAGAACUUAAAUCAGGUUUGGUGAUGAAAGGUUGGUUGUCCUUGACUUUACACAGUACUGUAUUUUGGUCUUAAGAUAUGCAACCAUGAGAAAGAGAAGAGCCAUGAGCCAAUGGGCAAUUAGAGUGGUCAAGGAAAUAUGAUUGUUUUGGGCUGCAGUGUUGGAUAGUUAGGUGCUUUUAAACUGUAUAAAGGAGCCUUUCUGAAAUGACUAUUGUUUGCUUUCUGUUUUCCUUCUUCUCCAUCUACAUGAUGUUGAGAGAUCAUGACUCAUGUUUACUGAGGGUCAUUUGUAGCAAUAGAUGUUCUUACUCAUAACACAACGUGCACAGUGUUGGACUACAGAACCUGUUUCCAGAGAACUAGCUCUAUAUAAUGUCAUAUGCUGUGUGAAAAACAUCCGAUUCACAGUUACAAGAAGGUUUACCAGCUGGGCUCAAUUACUGUAUUUUGUCCCCACAGAGCCAAAAAUGGAGCACUGGGGCCCUCCAGUGGCCUGAUCUGCUAAGGUUAAGAGAGUAAUUUGGUGGAAAAUUGAAUGGAACUGAAGUUUUGCUGUAUAUUAAUGUAUUUCCUAUACAUGUUUCUAUACAAUGACUGGGCUGUACACGCUGUGGCAGAGUGGUUUGGUGUGAAAUGGUUCGUAGUACGAAAAUUUUGGAAUUGCAAUUUUAUUUUGCAAUCUUUAAAAAUGUAUUAGAGAACCUACACACGUAUUUAUGCAUAAGGUCUUAUUUUAUGAUAAUACUGGUAAAUAGUGAUCAAUCUAAUUUUGCUUACUUUGGGGACCGUUUUGCCUUAAAAUGCAAAGGGCAAUUCAAAUUGCCAACUUUGCAAAAGAAGGACAAACAUUCUUAAAUUGAGGUCUGUGUCAUUUUGAAAUAAUUCUAUUGGUCAAAUUAUCAAUAAAUUUUGUUAAAACAUCUAGAGCAGUGGCUAGAUUUAAAUUAUGUCAAAAGGUCAAAAUAAAAAAAAUCUGAUUUAAGGUUUUGGCACAACUGCAACAAUGUGUGUUUACAAUACAUGCAUUUUUGAAAUGUAAAACUACUGAUCAAUCACUACAAAUCAAUUCUUAAGCAUUAGGCAGCAUAUUUGUAACGUUUAAUUACAACUACAGUCAAAUGUGUAUCUUGUUAAAGCAUACAUUACCUCAGACAUCCAGCUAUAACUGCUUAUUACUGCCUAAGCUGAGCAUUUUACAUCAGACCACUGUAAAUGACAAAUAUUUAAUGCUGCAGAAAUUUAAUUGAAAAACCUGAUUUAAACAAUUCCCAAAUUUCUAUUUAGGUAAUCAGCCAAGUCAUGUCUUAUAUCUAAACUUUGCACUAGAGCUAAAAAUUUGCUAGCAAAUAUCAUAGAAGCUUACAGGUUAAAAACAGUUCAGCAUUGUUUAAAUUGUAUGUCUAAAACCUUGCCCAUUUGCCUCAAACUGCAUUUAGUUGAUGAAUAAUCUCCUACAGAUAUGUUUAAGUGGUUUCUAAUGCUGUUAUAACAUGCAAAAACGUUUAAGAAGGUCAAAUGAACAAAGAUUAGCAACAUUAGCAUGUUAACUUCAGUGCCUUCUGUAAAGAAGCAAACAUGUCUUGUCUGAGGUAAAAAAAAAAAAAUACUGGAUACUUCGUUUUUUCUCGCUAAGCUGUUGCUUAAAGUCAUUGUAACACAGUAUCUUUCCCUUAAAUUUAGACCUAAAUUCUGGUAUUAGCCUGCUAAUUGCGAAGCAGUGAAAUUGAGAAGAUGGAAAUUAGCAUUGUUUAAACUGUAUGUCUAAAACUUUCCCUGUUUUCCUCAAACUGCUUUUAGUUGAUGAAUAAUCUCCUACAGAAUUUUUUAAGUGGUUUCAUAUGCUGUUAUAACAUGCUAAAACUUUUAAAAAGGUCAAAUGGACACAGUUUAGCAACAUUAGCAUUUUAGCUCCAGUGCCUUCACUAAUGAAGCAAACAUGUCUUGUCUGAGGUAAAAAAAAAAAAAUACUACUAAUAAUAAUGGAUACUUCAUUUUUCUCAAUAAGGUGUUGCUUAAAACCAUUGUAACACAUUAUCUUUCUCCUAAACUCGGACCUACCUACUGGUGUUAGCCUGCUAAUUGCGUAGCAGUGAAGUUGAGAAGAUGAACAUUAGCCUUGUUUAAACUGCAUAAGUGUUUUUAGCAACAUUAGCAUUUUAGCUCCAGUGCCUUCACUGAAGAAGCAAACAUGUCUUGUCUGAGGUAAAAAAAAAAAUAAAUAAAAUUAAUACUAAUAAUACUGGAUACAUUGUUCUUCUAACUAGGCUGUUGCUUAAAAUCGCUGUAACACAGUAUCUUUCCCCUAAACUCGGACCUAAGCUCUGGUGUUAGCCUGCUUAUUGCGUAGCAUUGAAGUUGGAAGGAUGAAAUGUGAUCUGAGCUGCUCAGAAGCUAAAAUGACUGAAAGGUUUUCUCCUUGAGGAAGGACAUGAGGCCAGUUUGUUUGGAGUGGAUAGUGUGCUGUCAGUCUUGCAGUAUUAGUUUCUGGGGUCGUAUUCAGGUUUCAGGAUGUGAAACAUCAGGUUUCAAGCAUUCCUACAUUAGUCAUUCCAUUAGCCAUUAGCUAUUAGCGGUCACAAACUACCGGUGCUUUUGUGUGUGGGGAGUGUAGGGAGGGACUGGGCUGCUUGCUGGUUGUGAUGAUAGUAGCAGCACUGGGCAUGUAUGUAUACUGCAGAUAUAAGCCAUAUUUGUCGUUAUGAUGGUUUCUUGGUGCUUCGAACUUCAUGGUGUCAUGCCAAACUUCACUGAAACAGCAGCCGUUUCAAUUUAAAAAACAUUAUUUGGCCAAAAGUUUGUGGACACCUACUUAUCUUGUGAAUCUUUAAAAAAAUAAAAAUAAAUACAGGGUAUCAAAAAUGAGUGUCUUUACUUUUGCUGAAGUAACAGCACAUCCACUCUGCAUAUCUACUAGCUGGAUAUAUUAUUAUAGAGGACGCUUUUCACAAGACUUUGGUGUGAGGGUUUGAUUGCACACAGCCACAAGAUCACAAUUUGUGCUCACAAAUUUGUGUCACUGUUUUUCUGCUUCACAUUCUGAAGUCACAGUGACCAAACCAUCCUAUUCUGUUAGCAGCACUUUUGCAACCUCUGUUAGCACAACUAUAGAAACACAGUUGAUGCACUGAGGAGAAUGGGUGUCCCACAAAUCUUUAGACAUUUAGUCAAGUCAGCUGUUUCUGCAGUUUGUGCCAGUUCUCGUUUCAUACAGUAUGCAUUUUUAUAAAAGUUGUGCACAUGGAAAAUAAUAACUAACAGAACAAUACAAAACAAAAAAAAGUCUACAAAAAUUCUGUGUAAUUUCACAAGCUGUAAUCAAAUAUGGAAUAUAUGGAAUGGAAUCUCUUUUAGCCUGAUGUACUUCAAUUUAAUCACCAUAAAAAAGGUUCUUAAACACAUCACAAAGUACAAACUCUCACAAACAGUGCUGUAUUUCCGUGUCUGUGCCUGUUCCGAUGCUGCAUGCUCACAGCAACUUUACUAUUCACGUUUAGGAGGAAUGUUAACGUUAUCUGACGAGUUCUGUUUUUUCUUUUUUAUAUAUAUAUAGGUAUUCUCCAUUAAGCUGCUGCAAAUGAAUUGCUGCAGUUCUUUUCCACUCUAAUCCGGUUCUUGUGUUGGUGAUCUACUAUCAUCACCAAUCAUGACUAGUUCUGUGGCUGGGUCUUUCUUCUUUUUUUUUUUUUUUUUUUAGUUGUACAGGCUUGUGUCGAGCGAUAACGACGCAUUGUGUUUCCCAAAGAAUACAGGGAGGUGGCGUUUGUGGCUUUAGUUCCAUAUUGAUGGUGCAUGUAAAUUGCUGCAGGUCUUUGUACUGUAUUACUGUUUCUGUUUAUAAAAGAAAAAUAAACAUUUUUUAUAAGGUA